AUGACACAAGAGGUUACUGAGAUUGUGCGCUUGGGAGCGGGGAGCUUUGCCACAGUUUACGUAUGGCAAUCGCGGAACAACCUGGCGAUCAAGUGCUUGGCAGAUGCCAGCCGCUUUCCCGAGCUGCUCGAUGAGUUUGAGAAUCACCAAAAGAUAAGUAAGGCAUGCCAGGGCGCGCAGAAUCUCCUCUUUCUUGUGCCCAAGCCCGUCGAAUUCUUCCCUUCUUUCGCAUCACUGGCGGAGCGCCUGCGAAUGGAUUCGUCGCUGCUGCCAAAUAUACCCGCCGCGUACACGAUGCAGCGAGUCUGGCCAGUCCCCCCUGCUCUCGCGGAUUCCAUCAGGGCCAAGUUCUUCCCUGCACUCCACUCUAGCUACUCCAAGCCCUUCGUCGCACGGAUCUACUUGGGUGCGAAACGCCAGCGCCUGGCGUCUCGAUUCUUCAAUGCCAAUAACUUCCCGCUGGAUGCCAAUCGUUGCAAGGAGCUGGGGCUGCCGAUCGAAUUGCUGGCCCAAGAAAUGGGACUGGAUGGUCGCGACAUCGAGUUCGUCGUGGGUGGUGACGAGCUGAGGACCUUCUCCGACCCCGGGUUUGCCUGCUUUGAUUUCAACCAGUGCAAGCCUCACAACAACAAUGUGGACGCGCUCGUCGACAGCUUCUUUGUCAAUGAUCCUUACUAUCCCCGGCCUGGCAUGGAGUUUUGGGACGAGUUCAAGGACGGGUACUUGCGGGAGGCCGACCGGACAGAGUCUGUGCGGCUGGCGAGGAUGUUCUUGGACGUGGUUGAAGCCAAGGUGGCGGCCAAGGCCGCCCAAGAAGCUCCAGAAGGCAGGGGUAAUGAGAUGGCUCUCUUGGAUAGCUGA